AUCCUUCAAUCCGUGAGCAUCAUGGCCGCCGCAGAAAAUCCCCAGGCGUUCGAAAAGGACUUCGGAAACAGCCCCGAUGGCAUCAACGGAGCUCACGCCACCCACCAGAUGUCCGCCGAGGACACAGCGAGGGCUGCUGCGCGCUUCGGAUAUGGUCCUCUCGCUCACGUCAACACCGCUGAGGCUCAACUCCGUCCCUUCGGUGGUGAGUUCCAACCUGGUCUGUACAAGUCGGUCGAGCACCGCAAGUUCGGUAACCCAGCUCCUCUGGGCCUGUCUGCUUUCGCUCUCACCACGUUCGUGCUGAGCCUGAUCAACAUGGGUACGCGCGACAUCGCUGAGCCCAACAUUGUGGUCGCCCUGGCUUUUGGCUAUGGUGGUCUUGUUCAAUUGCUUGCUGGCAUGUGGGAAAUGGCCGUUGGAAACACCUUUGGUGCCACCGCUCUGUCUUCUUAUGGUGGUUUCUGGCUUGCUUUCGCCAUCGUCCUGACCCCAGGUGGGUUUGAGAUUGCCGAGUCUCUCGGAGGCGCCGGUACACCACAGUUCGAUAACUCUUUCGGAUUGUUCCUCUUUGGAUGGUUCAUCUUCACUACUAUCCUGCUGUUCUGCACCCUGAGGUCCACCGUAGCCUUCUUCCUGCUAUUCUUCUUCCUGGACCUUACCUUCUUGCUCCUCGGCAUUGGUUACAUUCACCGCAACGCCGAGGGCAAGCCCAACCCCCCGGUCAUCAAGGCCGGUGGCUUCUUCGGUCUCUUGGCAGCAUUUGCCGCUUGGUACAACGCCCUCGCCGGUAUUGCGGACAACAGCAACAGCUUCUUCAUCCUCCCCGUCGCCCAUUUCCCCUGGUCUCCCACUGCUCGCAGUCGCAAGACCGAGCGCGAGACCGCUUAG